UCUCAUUCUACAAUACGCGUAGCCUAGCUAGCUAGCUUGAAUUGUAUCUUCCAUAAUCCACACAUACACACCAAGAUCAAGUACAACCAAAACAUAGUAUAUAUAGAUUAUAUAAAUACAUAUCUAUACCAAAUUAAAUUAAGUUAAUUCUCAGCCUUUGUACAACAAUUUAAAUUUUCUAUGGAAAAGCCGGAAGGGUAUCCAGAACCAGAAGUGGUUGAUCAGGAAGAAGAUGACAGAACAAGUUCUGUUGAUUGGUUCCGGCCGGGUGCCAAAGACGACAUGUCGUUACUAGAAAGUGGUAUUCUGGGAAAAUAUUAUCAGACCCAAAUAACGGGUGAUCAUCAUGAAGAUUAUUAUUAUAAUUUCGAGUCAAGGUUUGGAAUAUUAUCAGACCCAAGAUUGCUAGCAGUGGUGGAGUUCUUCAGAGAGCUUUACUUCCGAAGGAGGGAGUUGUUUACUAAAACAUUUCCACAAUUACAUGAUGAUGAUCAUCAUCAUCACAUUUUUGAGGUGUUAAAAAACUCAGGCACCAAAUUAUGGAGAGUCAAAUCGGGUGAUGAUAUUCAAACCCGGGCUGUCUCCCUGCAGAGGAGCUCGAGCCUCGGGUCGCCCCGGUCCCGGCCGGCGGGGACUCGAGGAAUUGAGUCACCUUUGAGGAACGAGUGGAUUAAGGUUAAGACACUCAACACCGGCGGUGGUGAAACUAAGUCCGGCGGCGGUGGUUCAAAAUGAUCGAGUCUUGCAUGACCCGGCAUAGGAAAUGGUAUUUAUUAUUUUUAUUAUGGGAACAAGCUGAUGAAAUUAAUGUUCUUUGUUUUUGCAAGUGGAUUAAAAAACAAACAAAGUCAAAUUUGCAAAAUCAGUUUGAUUCAAUGGUUGGACUAGUGUUUGGGUAUGGUUUCAUUGUGUUUUGAUUAAAAUUAGUGGGAGGUUGAUCGAGAUCUUCUUCUCUAUCUAAUUGAGUGCUUUAAUUAUUGAUUGAUUUAUUUAUUAAUUUGUUCUUUCUAGCUUGUUUGGUUGGCUCGGAAGAAGAAAUAUUUUAUGGUUUCUGGCUACGAGUCAAUUAAAUUGUAUAUAUAUUUUGUUGGUUUGCCUGAUUA